UCUUCCAUUUUGAAGUACAGUCCUUGUUCGUUUGGGGACCUCGAUGCGAACACCAUCGCCACUGUAACGGGAGGUAAAUACCAACAUUCAAGAAAGAUGGCGUCGUCCAUGUCUUCGUCAACUGAAAAUAGCACCUCCUACUGGAUCAAGUUUUUCACUGAUGCUGGUGUCCCUCCAGGAGACUCUGCGAACUAUGCAGUUGCAUUCAAUGAUAAUCGCAUUCAGAGGGACAUGCUCCUUGACCUUUCCAAGGAAUAUCUGCUGGACAUGGGCAUCAGUCGCCUUGGAGAUGUCAUUGCUAUCCUAAAACAUGCCAAGGCUGUCCACACACAGGAUGCCCGUGAUAAGGUCCUGAAGAAUGCAAGUCCAGCUGCUAAUAAUAGUACUUCCAACAACAGUCCAUCUCAGGCCCGCAGAUCUACAGCUGCCAGCAGAAUGGUGGGCCACUACUUGGGCAAAGACCCUGAGGCUGCACCCAUGAAGCAGAUACCAACUCCCAAACCAGAAGUGUCAGAUUCCUCGUCAAAGAGGUCCUCAGUGUUCGAGCGACUUGGAGUUGACUCCCCGCAGCAAGUCACAGUGACAGGACUGGGCAAUGUUGUUCUCAGGAGUACCUCACCAUCUGGUUCUGUUUUUAAUCGUCUGGGAGACAAAUCAACUGUCAAGAGACCAGCAUCUUCAACCUCAGUAUUGGGAGAAGACGAGGAUGACAGUGAUGAAGUUGCUGCCUCAGCCCUGGAAUACGCUGGAGUGCUCAAGUCCCCCCCUAAGAAGGUCAAGGUCACUUCACAGUCUAAGAAGGCAGCAUCCCUGACAGCUGCAGCCCGUAAACUGGCUGUCCGGAAGAAGAUCACAAUCCAGACAUCUGAGGUGACGACAACAUCACCAGCAUCAGCAGCAACAGCAGGCAUUCUGUCGCGAGAUUAUGUGGCGGAAAAUCUGUCUAUUAAACAGCGACUUGGGAAGAAGGUACAAACAGAAACAGCAAGCAGUACAACAGCAUCAUCAUCGACCAGCUCAGCCGUAACCCCAUCAGUGACAGUACGACUUGGCCCUCAGAAAGCCAAAGUGACCAGCAGCAGUGGAAUAACGUCCCAAGGUAUCAAGUCUCGCCUGGCCCCAAGACAGGAGAGGACACACCUGUGAAGCCACCCGAGAUCUCCUCCACCCCCACUGUUGUGAGGUCUGGGAUCUUCGGGCGACUGGGAAGAAAGCACACCACACCUUGACUACAGUCUACAGUGACUGAUGUAACCUUCUCAUGGACUGUCAAUGUGAUCUAUUAUAGACUGCCACCCCCAGUGAUGGCCUCCUGUACCUGGGAGGUAGUGAUGGCCUUCUGUACGGGGAGGUAGUGAUGGCCUUCUGUACCUGGGAGGUAGUGAUGGCCUUCUGUACGGGGGAGGUAGCAACGCCCCUGUGUCACCUGUCUGUGCUGCAGGAGUAGUGACCGCUAUGGUAAUACACUUGCAUAAUGAGGGCAGCUGGCGUCUCGAGUGUCAAUGUCUGCUUGCUGUCCUGAUAGCCACCACUCUCCGUCCAUGUUGAUGCUGCUUGUCGGGAGCCGACUGUUGUAAGUGCACUGGUCAAACUCCCCGACCAGUGAUAGAAAAUCAUCUAAUAUGUGUGACAGGGAAGAAUGAAUGAAUUCACCUGUGUGAGGUGAGGGUGAGAAGGAAAUAGGUUAAGGUAGUGUAGGUAGGAUGGAUAAUUUCACCUGUGUUUCAGGCUUUGUUCAGAGGAAUGAUAUCACCUGUGUGGGAAGGGCUCUUAGGAAGAAUGAUAUCACCUUUGUGAGGUGUGGGGCUACUGGUUGUAAGGUAGAUUGAGUCCUCGUGUUGCGUGUGAGUGAGUUAUCUGCAGUGUAGUGUCUGUUGAGGUACAAAACAGACCCGUGUGCAGUGGGCUGACCUCCUGUGUGGAGGCACUGGGUUGAAGUGGAAUCUUACCUAGGCGUAGUUCCCAGCAUGCAGUUGUCAUGGUUAAUAGAAGCCAAAUAAAGCAAUGAAAUGAUUUUGAAACGUAAUGGUGAUGGAUGCACGUCGCCAGCAACCAGGAAAUGAUGCAGGGCAUUGUCAGCAAUAAUUCACAGGGAGUAGUGAAGAUGGUAAUUUUACUUUCAUUUUGUAUUUAUUGAACUUUUAUUUGUGAGAUAACAUAGCACUAAUGAUAUUUUCUCAUUAAAGACAACGUGGAAAAGCCA